CAGGCCUGGCCGGCUGGCUGGAUCAUCUACCCACCGUUCAAACCCCAUUUUUAUUAAAGUGAAACGGUUGAUGAGAUGAGGUGUAGUAUAGCUAGGUACGUUUGAAUAGAAGAGGCCGGCGAGGGGAUGGAGUAAUAUAAUGAAUGGAAAAGAAUUAUUAUUAGUGAUGAAGCAGCGGACAGCCGUAGGCGGCCGUUUGAAGAGAGGGUUUUGGAGUGCUGAAGAGGAUGUGGCUCUCAAGAAAUGCGUAGAGACACACGGGGAGGGCAAUUGGGCUACCAUCUCUGCCCAAUCAGGUUUGAUGAGAAGCGGGAAGAGCUGCAGGCUGAGAUGGAAAAAUUACUUGAGGCCAGACAUAAAGCGUGGGAUGAUGUCCGCAGACGAAAAGGAUCUCAUCAUCCGAAUGCAUAAACUUCUGGGCAACAGAUGGUCGCUCAUUGCAGGCAGACUCCCCGGCCGGACUGACAACGAGGUCAAGAAUUUCUGGAACACGCAUCUCAACAAGAGGCGGAGGAGGAGAAUACUGAAGAAGACCACAUUGCCGCCGCCUCAUCAGCUGGGGGUGCUGGACGACGACAAUCACAUUCAUAAUAUGAUUUCAUCACCCCCGCCGCCACCACCACCUAAUAAUAAUAAUGAUAAAGGAGGAAUUAUUAUUGUGGAUGAUAAAGAAGAAGAAGAAGAGGAAUUGAUGAUAAGGGAGGAGGAGGAGGAUUCAUGGAUGCAGAUGGGCAACACAUCAUAUUCAUCCAUGACGGCGGCGACAGCCAACAACUUCUUGCCUUCGCCUCUAAUGAUGUUUGGGGGCGACGACCCUUUCUGCCAUAUUCCCGUGUGGGAUAAUGACGGCGGCGGCAUAUUGUUUGAUGAAACCUUCCUUCACACGAUCCUGCAGGGCAGCUAGUCGAUCCAUCGGCAUUGAAUUGGCCUGGGUGAUGAUAUAUAUAGGGGAUAAGUUAGUUUCGUGCCUCAGCUGGUGCUUCAUCACUUCAAAUUAUGUAUGUAGGUGAUGACGUACACCAGCUUCGUUCCGAAACCAUGCAUGCAUGCAUGCACUUGCCUAUUCUACUUCAUCACACCGUAAUAUAUUACUCCCUCUAUCCUUAAAACUUUGUCAACUUUCCUUUUUUGUAUGUCUUCCUACCUUCACCACUUUCCCUUUUAAUAAAAAUUUGUGAUUCCAAUUAAUUCUCUUCCCUCUGCACAAACUUCAAC